AUGCCCUUCCCAAAGCUCCCCCCAAGAGCCGCCUACAUCAAACUCUCAAACCCCACCAAGCGCAACGCCCUCAGCAUCCCUGUGCUCAGAGACCUCAAGUCCCAGCUCGACAGCGCCCUCUCAUUACGCCCUACCCAGCGCAAGGGCCUGCUCCCCAAAUUCAGCCAUCAUCUUCUCCAGGGCCUCGAAGAGGCAUCCAAAGACCCGACCUCGAAGCAAUGGAAGCGUUGGGACUGGCUCGUCAGCGCAUCUGAAUGGAAGAAACAGCGUGCCGGCGCACCAGAUGUUCUGGUCCUUAGAAGCGAAGGGCCUGUCUUCUCAUCGGGCCAUGAUCUCCAAGAGCUGUCUAAGAUGAGUCGCGAUGAUGUCAAGACUCUGUUUGAACUUUGCUCCGAGGUCAUGACGACUAUUCGGAGGAGUCCUGUGCCGAUUGUUUGUCCGAUCCAAGGCCUUGCGACAGCAGCUGGGUUCCAACUCGCCAUGAGCACCGACUUCCCCAUUGCUCUCCCAGACACCCAAUUUGCCUUGCCAGGAGCAAAGAUUGGAUUACCAUGCACCAGCCCCUCGACAGCUGUUUCACGACGUUUUCCCGCCGCGACGACAUAUCGACUCUUGGCCACAGCAGAGCCAAUCAAAGCAUCAGACUACCCAGACGUCAUCGACGUUGUCAGAGUGCCACCAGGCGAGGACCCAGAAGAGGCUUUCGAGAAACGCGUGGCAGCUGUGGUUGAACGGCUGCUUUCGAUGUCGCCCCAGCAGCAGGCUGUAGGAAAAUGGGCAUACUGGUCGCAGUUUGGAUUUGGAAAAGCGAAGGGUGAUGGAUACGAGCAGGCUUCUCAAUGGGCGGGUAGAGUUAUGGCGUUGCAUGCGAGGAGUGAGGAUGCUAAAGAGGGUAUUGCUGCGUUUUUGGAGAAGAGGGAACCUGUUUGGAUAAGCAGUGGCGCGCACGAGGCGAAGGAGACGGCGGUUGAUGUUGAUGCUCCUGCAGCUGAAGUCACUGAUUCGAUUACUGAGGAUGCUGCUUCUUCUACUGAGGCUGAUGCUACUGCUACUGCGGCUGGCGAAUCUACAGCUGAGAGCCAGGCACCCGAGCCUGAUGUUGAUCGUCCUAUUACAACAGAUCGUAGCUAG